UGACAAUAUAAUUGCAGACAUCGCAAAUGAAACGUUUAUCACUAUGAAAAUAAUUAGACAAGGAUAUUGGUACCGCUUGCUACUGGCAAUCACACUUUUGUCAGAACAUGUUGAAACAGAAAAGCAAAAACGACAGAUUUUUCGAGAGCAAGUGUUACCAGCAUUGGGUGGUAAAAUUCCAGAGGAAGCUUUCAAAACGGAUCGUUUGGCGCUGAAUCGAUUGAAUAAGGAAGGUAUUACCGUACCUGAUGGUAUUGUCUUAGAUGCUCGUCAUGUCCAUAAACAUCCUCAUUUCGAUCAAAAAAUGCCCGAAAUAAUUAAGGUCUAUCUAACAUCAGACGGUCGAUAUGUAUCGCCGGAAGGCCAACCUCAUUAUAAUCACCCAAAAACCGUCGAUACCACUUAUAUUAUACGAAGACCGUUUGAACAGACAAAUUAUCAAACAUCGAACAAUUUCGAAAGCAAACUUCAAAGUUAUUCAAAUCCACAAAUCUAUUCGAAUUAUAGACAAUUUGUACCGAUAGCACCACCCAUCAAACCGGAUAUUUACAAGCCUAUUAUAACGCCUUUAAUAUUACCGGCAAAUAAAGAUUGGCUUGAUUUAUCUGACUGGGAGAUAAAAUAUGAUUGGGACAUCAUAUAUAAACCAUUUGAUGAUGACUUUGUUAAUAACAUCGCGCUCUUCAAUUCGCAUCAGAUUAUCGAGGAUUAUCAAGGAUUUGUUAAAGAAUUUCAUAAACGAUCAUUAGGACAUGUAAACUCAAAAAAUGACAACAUGAAUCAACAGCAUCAUCAAAGUCGACAGUACCAAUAUUCAAAACUAUCGCCAGCACUUCAUCAAAGAGUCAUCUCGAGUGUCGCCAAUUCUCACAAUUCUGCCUAUACAAGUAUCGCAAAUACACCGGAAACUUUUUCUUGUCACGAAAGGAAGGAAAUGUUUGUCGACAUCAAAACCAAGUGCCAAUUAAAGCUGGCUCAUUGUACAGCGUUACAACUGAAACUGGGUCCAGUUUCGUUCAUAUUCAAACUCGGUGCAGUCAUGCCAAGUAGUCGCUGUAUCGUUCCAGUACUUUUGCUUGCCAUUAUACUGGCAACAUCUUGUUCAGCCAUUGUGCAGAAACAAGUUCCGGUAGAUGACUAUUACGAUGAGUACCAAAAUUUUCAACCGGUAGUGGGAUUUCGAAGGCCUACUAUCGUAAAAGAAGAAUCGAAAAAAGAGCAAGACUUGAGCAAAAUUCCUGGAAUUCCUGGGGUAGAUUAUCCCAUUUACCAUACAGUGCCACCUACGAGUUUUUCUUGCGCACAUGUUCCAAUUAUACCAGGAAUGUAUGCAAAUGUGGAAACCGGUUGUCAGGCAUAUCAUAUUUGCCAUGACGGACGUGAAGGACAUCAGGGUGCCUCUUUCUUAUGCACCAAUGGAACACUUUUUAACCAGCACGAAUUUGCAUGCGACUGGUGGUACAAUGUAAAUUGCGCCAACGCACCAUCCCUUUAUAGACUAAAUGCAGAUCCAUUAAAAAAUCCAUAUGUACCAAAGGAGACAAAGGACGCAAUUCGACAAAGAUUGAAGAUUGUUAUAGUUUAA